GCCUCUCCGCCGUGCUCGCCUCGCCGCCGGCCCAUCCCGAGCUGGACACGGACGUCGGCUUCUACCAGCUGACGGCCGGAGACGUGACGCUGAGCGUGGACGAUCUGCUGGAGCGGCGGCACCGGCUCUUCGCUGACGGAGGCGUGACGCCUGAGGACGUGCAGACGCUGUGGGCGCUGAGCUGCCGCCAGCUGCGCCUAUGGCUGGAGCUGGCGCGACCGGUCAGCCUGCAGGCCGCGCGCGACAGGCUGAUCGAGGCCGACUUCGUCCCGGCGCCGCCUGGCUUCACCGUGACGGAGCCCGGUCAUCCUCUGUUUGGCUGUCUGAUGCUGCUGACACCGGGAGACAGCGAUGACCGGCUCGCAGCGACCGUCUGGGUCAGGAACGAGGGCCAGCUGCCGCUGCUGCUGCACCGGCUGCGUCAGCUGUUCGGACCCGACUGCCAGCUGCGCUCGGCGCGCCGCCUCCACACCGCUGACGACAUGCGCGCCGCCCUGGUGGCCCAGCUGCAGUUCACCGAGGCGCGGCUAGGUGGCGACAGGGGCGCCGGCGGCCCCGAGCGCCGCGGCCUCCGGCUCGGUGAUCUGCACGUGCCCAUGGCGGAGUACGGGCCCUGGCGGCGGCGGCUGACCCAGCUCGAGGAUAACACGGCCGCCUGUGCGCUGGAUUUGGUGGAGCCGGAGGAGGCUGCGCUCAGCUGACGGCCGGUGGUGGUGGACCGGUGGACUGUGAUAGCGGGCUGACCGGGAGAUUUGUGGUUCAAAACUUACUGCUGUAUCGCGCUGUGAGUACUUGUUGGUGGCGCGUAUCCAGUACUUGUAUCCAGUUUCAUCGAGUCGCUUA